CUUUGCCAGCGGUGCAAGGCUUAGAAAGGCUCUGUAAAAUUUGAUGUUUACAUUAGAAAAGGUUUUCUAAAUGACCCAUAUAAAAACUUAAGAAUAAAAUUGAUAUCAGUUGAUACUUGAUAAUCUAGGGUUAAGGAACAUUUACUAAUGUGCGCCAGUGCCUUUAAACAAUGUAAUGAACCAUUCCGACUGCGCGGAAUUUACGUGGCGGGAAGCGUGAAUUUCGCGAUAAAGCAACCGCCCUUUAGCUGAAAAACAGACAUGAGUGAAAAUACUUAUAACUGCAAGUUUGACCAGCGUUCUGACUGUAAUGUUAAGGGACAAUCAGGACACAUUGAGCUCAUCAUUGGUCCAAUGUUUUCUGGAAAAACAACAGAGCUGAUCAGGCGUCUUAAGAGGUACAGAGUGGCGCAGUAUGGCUGUCUGAUUGUGAAAUAUGCUGGAGACACUCGCUACACAGAUAAUGGAGUAGCAACACAUGACAGGCAGACUCUUCCUGCCAUUUCCACAAAAACACUCGCACCAAUUUUCUCUGAUGCCUUAACAUAUGACGUCAUUGGGAUUGAUGAAGGCCAAUUCUUUACAGAUGUAGUAAGUUUUUCUGACCAACUAGCCAAUGAGGGUAAAAUUGUCAUUGUAGCAGCUCUGGAUGGAACUUUCCAGAAGAAGGCUUUUGGUGAUAUUUUAAAUUUGGUACCAGUGGCAGAAAAUGUGACAAAACUGAGUGCUAUAUGUGCCAUUUGCUACCAGUCUGCAGCCUUUACACGACGCAAAACAAAGGAAAAUGAAGUGGAGGUAAUAGGUGGGGGUGAUAAGUACGUAGCAGUCUGCCGCACCUGUUUUGCUGCUCCCAUCCCAGGAUCUCCUGAUCGUCUACCUCUUCGUGAUUUCAAUACACCAGUGGAUUCAAAAAAGCUUGUGGGGAAAAAAACUCGACGCAGGAUUUCUGAAGGAACCUGGAUGUCUAGUUUGGCUUAAGAUUUUUUUUUUUUAUGCAUUUGAGAACCAAUAUUUUCUCAUGAAAUAAAAAUCAGCCCUAUUCUGUU